GCUCUUGUUGUUUUGUUUCUAAAAGCGUACCAGGUUGACAUUCACAGGCUGUGCACAGAACUGUUUCCAAAUAUUUAAUUGUCUGACUGCUAAUAACGACUGUGCUAUUCCUCUACACUCCGAAGCCAUGUUGCAAGUGGUAGCAGCUGUCUAGCUUGUCGCCUUACCCGUUUUUCUCCAGGCGGUACCCGGCCAGUGUCGUAACAAAGAGAAUCAAAUGUUCAAAGGUUAAAGGCAGGGCUCAUGGCUAAAUUACAGGUCCGCAGUUGUACCCUGACAUCGAGGCUAACUUCCGGUCCGGCUGUUUCGGGAUGAGGUCAUGUCUAGCGCCCUUUUGGGAUGCGUCCGUUUCGACGCCGGCGGAAAGCCGCAUUCUUUCUGACUCUCGUCGCUUCCGGGUUUCUGGUCUUCCUGCACAGCCACAUGGCGUCAAUGUCCGGUGACGUCAUGUCUGGAAGUGACGUCAAACACAGAGAUGGAAGAAGAGGACAGAUGCUGUCGGGCCAUCAUAAAGGACAGACUGUGUUCAAAGAUUUGGUGACUAAGAGUCUACGUUCACUCCCACAGAUACCCAAAACUGAAGUCAUUGAAGUCUCGCAAAAUGCAUCAAUUCUCAGCUGUAACGAGAGUAGGAACGCUUCAGAAAUAUUUAAGAAAACGCACACCAUGACGAUCCAUGGAGGUGGUCGCCUUGGUAACGCAAUGUUCCAGUAUGCCUCUCUUGUUGGUAUUAGUAGUUUCCAUGGUUACACAGCAACAAUAGCAAGCUCACACUUUUUACGACGAAUAUUUAAGCUCAAAGCUCCGGCAACCAAAAACUUAAAGACACAAACAAAAGCCAAGAGAGAAAAAAGCCCUGGCAUGUAUGACCAAAGUAUACAACAUCUGUCUCACAAUGUUAACUGGUCGUUGGUCGGUUAUUACCAGUCGUGGAAAUAUUUCGGAAAUAUCUCGGAGACAAUACGAGAGGAGUUCACGUUCCAAGACGAAGUCAUUAAGGACAUGCUGAAGGAAGCCCCCGUUCUUGCUAACUGGACCCGAAUAACGAUAGGGGUCCAUGUUCGACGAGGCGACAUGGCGUCCAAAUAUGAACGAGACCGAGGCUACAACGUUGCCGACGUCGGAUUUCUUAACAGGUCAAUGAACUACUUCCGGAAGAAGUAUGAGAACCCUUUGUUCAUUGUGUGCUCAGACAGUGUCACGUGGUGCAAAGACAACCUCAUGUCGGACGAUACCAUUUUCACGAAGGGGCGUCGGGAGGUGGACUUGGCUAUUUUGGCUCAUUGUGAUCAUAAUAUUGUUACAUCCGGGUCGUUUGGGUGGUGGGGAGCGUGGCUGGCUGGAGGUGAUGUAGUGUAUUUCAAAAACUUCCCGCGAGAAAAGACGUGGCUUGACCGACAAUACACUAAAGAGGACUACUAUCCAGAUGAAUGGCUGGGCAUGCAGUAGGAUAAACUGUUGCAAAUAAAAUGUCGAAAACAAAGACAUCGUAAAACGCGUAGUGCGUUGAGGCAAGCGCCUUGGGCCCCGAUCCACAAACUGAUCUUACGAUGACCGUAAGCCAGUGGGAGUUACGAUCACCUUAGCGCUAAGAUUGCUUUGUGGAACGGGCCCCUGGGCUGGUGAUUUGUCCACAUUAAGGACAAUAUUUCUCACCCCGAUUGACCCAACCGAUCGUCGCGAACUUUUAGUUUAUAACUAUAUUUUUGCAUUUUAAAUUCGAUUCCCUUGUUUAGAGUUUCCAUUGCCAAGCUCAAACCACCCGGAAUGCAAUACGCCAUUUUACAAAUCUUACAAACUUUUACGUAAGACUAAGCUAUGGAUUUCACAUUUGCUUUUCGUUGUUAUAUAAGUGCUGUUCCGAGAGAGUGGCAAUCCUUGUUAAGUUUGUUAUAGUUAGAAGAAGCCUUUCAAGAAGAAAAAUACUCGUGUCUCGUCAGGUCACUGACUCCAUUCGGUCUGAUUGCAAACCCAAGAAAGCUCACAACCUCAGCUAAAACUGGAAACUGGAAACCCAGCGACAAACCCUAUUCCAUAGCCACAAGAAAUCACUGCCAAAAGAGGGGCAUGGGCGGUCGGGAAACCGAGUGGUUAAAGCGUUCGCUCGUCCCGCCGAAGACCCGGGUUCGAUUCCUGACAUGGGUACAAUGUGUGAAGCCCUUUUCUGGUGUCCCCCGUCGUCAUAUUGCUGGUAUAUUGCUAAAAGCGGCGUAAAACUAAACUAACCAACCCAUCAUUUGGUCAAAGGAUCAAGGCUUUUUCACUGUGACAAGUCAGUACAACAACUUUUUGUUUGUUUGUUGUUUAACGCCGCACUCAGCAAUAUUUCACCUAUUUGAAGGCGGUCUGUAAAUAAUCAAGUCAGGAACGGACAAUCCGGUGAUUGACAUCAUGAGCAUCGAUCUACGCACAUAGGAUCGAUGACAUUCAUCAACCAAGUCGGCGUAAAACCAUACUCACUCUAUAUCAUGACUAUAUCAUGAGCCUGUGAUUGCGAACCACUAUUAGAUAGUGAUGUUACCAGGUGUUCUCGAAAAGAUGAACGUAUCCUGCCCCCCGGUGGCAUCCGUCACAAACACAAACACGUCGCAAAGGCAGGUCAAUUGUUCACCUGACAAAACACAAUAACAAAGAAUAUGUGCAUAUGUCCCUUAGGCGUGCAAGGAUCCUCGUGGAUGGGUUUGAAUCCAGGAUUCGCCCCUACUAUGGUCCUCAGCACCCUACCCUUGUUUGUGGUUUCGUCAACGUUGUAAACCGCUAAGAACUGCAUUUUAUCGUUUGAUUUAGUAACUACUGAACAUGAACGAAUAAAGGACAGGUUCUGGGUCAUCUUUACCAGUUACACUGUUAUAUACACACAACGAAAAA